UCCUCGCCCUUGGGUUCUUCUACUUCAAUUUAACCAACAAAACACAACCAACUUAUUCUCUCUUACUUUCUAUUCUUACAUUUUUCACACUUCUGACUUUCUCUUUUGGUUCUCUUAUGGAUUACUACCAUCUAAGAGAUUGGAGAAACCAACAGCAUGAGUCAGAUCAUGCUGCAAAGAUACCUAGACUCUUCCUUGACCAGCCACAUCAAGAAGCCGCAUCUGAAUCUUCUUCUGCUCUUCCAUUGUUUGUACCUGAUCAUGAACACCACCACCACCACCACCACCAGCAACUUGGCAAUAGGAGUAUUAUCAGUAAUCUGUCAGCAUUCCCAGAUUCAACAAAUACUUCUAGAGUUUCCAGAAUGAUAGGUUCAUUCAGUCUAGCUCAAUGGCAAGAACUUGAACUGCAAGCUUUGAUCUUUAAGUAUAUGCUGGCUGGUGCUACUGUUCCAUCUGAACUCCUUCAACCUAUUGUUAAGAAAAGCCUUUUCAAUAAUCCUCCUCCUUCUCCAUUUUUUCUUCACCAACAAUAUCAGCAUUAUCAACCCACUAUGUUGCAAUCAGGCUACUGGGGAAGAACAUCAGUGGAUCCAGAACCUGGUAGAUGCAGAAGAACAGAUGGUAAGAAAUGGAGGUGCUCGAAAGAUGUGGUGUCUGGUCAGAAAUACUGCGAAAGACACAUGCAUCGAGGCCGUAACCGUUCAAGAAAGCCUGUGGAAAUCUCAACUAGACCCAUCAUUACUAACAACCCGUCUUCCAGCGUUACUAUUGCUUCCGUUGGCAAUAGUAACGGUUUGAUUAAAUCAGCCAACAACACUACCGCACCUGUUGCAGCUUUGCCUUUAACAGCAAUGGGUAAUGCUAAUAAAAAUGGUGGAAACGCUUUUGUUAUAAGUUGUGGUCCUUCUUCAAAUUCUUCACCUUCAAUGGAUCUGCUUCACCUAAACCAAAGAUACUGUGAGAGUGAACGGAGGAGCAAUGACAGCAGCGUUCUUGGCGAUGAUGGUAGGACUGAUGGACAAGUUCUCCGUCAUUUCUUCGAUGACUGGCCAAAGAAAUCACAACACCAACCCACAAAUGGAGUAGGCAACAGGGCCGAUGGAAGGACUUCCAGCACCUGCCUCUCUAUAUCAAUUGAAAAUGGGGAAGAACACCCUAAACCAUCUUCGGAUUUCUCACUGAAAUUGGCAACAGGAGUUGAAGAUGAAUCAGGAAAAGGUAAUUGUAGAGAUGAGCGGUCACAGGUGAUGAAUUGGGGAGGAAUGAGUAAUUCCAUGGGAGGAGGUCCGCUUGCUGAGGCUCUUCGAUCAUCCUCGAAUGCUUCUUCACCAACCAGUGUCCUUCAUCCACCUCCACAAGUAUCUGGUUCUGAAUCCAGUAGUAUUAUCACAAAAUGAGUUUCUUCCCAGUUCGGUAGGAUUUUUUUUUUGUUGUUACAUUUUCAAACUUCUAUUGCUUUCUUCUUGGGUGUUUAGCGUUCGCCUUGGAUUUGUGUUCUUAGUUUUGAUUCUCUGUAAUAUUUUGCAUCUCAAGAUAUUUCCUUGGCCUGCUCAUAUGAUUCACGCCUAUUGGAACCAACUUAAUGAUUUAGAAACCACCACCUGCUACAAUUUAGCAGAUUUGGAAAUUUAAGAAAUAGUAAUCCUGCUGAUAUAGGUAUAUACAACAAGAGGGUUGCAAU